UUCAGCUUCAUACUCCUCCUUCAAUCUAAUUAUUUCUUUGCUACAUCUAUAAACCCUUCUAAUAAAUGCAUGUUACCACAGCCAUCAAAAGAACAAUAUAUACCAAGAAGUUAACUGCAUGGUGCUGAUUUUCAGACUCUACUCCUGAAGCUAUAGAGUUCAUUCGGGGCUACUUCGUUACGAAUUUGUCCUGGAAUUGGGACCAUGGCUAACAUCUCGAUCUCUAAUGAUAAUUUUAGUGAUUUCCAGGAUGAUCAGUUUCAUCUUAAAGGAUAUGAGAGAAGUGAAUUAGUGGUCAAUGGCGUCGAAGAUCCUUGGUUUGAACAUACAGAUUGUGUAGACAUUGAUUCUCUGUACUCCAUGUGUGGCCUUCACAAUGAAGAGAAUACAUCUGAUGAACAAGUUACAACCAACUUAUUGGAAAAUCAACAACAAAGUCUAUCAGAUUGGACGCAAAAUCAUUUCCCUACCAGCAUAGUCAUGCCCUUGCAACCGGUCCAAAACCAAUCCACUAUUGAAGCACCAAAGAAUGAUUAUUUCCAGCCUCAAGUACCAGAACCUGGCACCUCUAGCAAUGAAAAAUCAAAGACGUUUCCAUUAGCAUCUUUGGAGCUACUGAACAAUUAUGGCAGACUAAGCAAGAAAUCGAGUGAGGAAAACUUGAGCACUAAUGCACUAAGCUGUGAGGCUCGCUUAGGUAACAGCCACAAGUUGCCAAUGGAAAUCUUGAGGGUUGCUGGAGAAAGGUACAUACAGUACUCCACCCAAAGGCUAGAUGGUCUUUCUACGUCACUCUCAGGACUUUGUAUGGAGGGAACAAGGGACGUGGAACUUGUCCACCUUCUCCUAGCUGCAGCAGAAGAAGUGAAUAACCAGAAAUUCCAUGUAGCUAGCAAAUUGAUUUCUCGUUGUAUGUGGGUGGCAUCUGAUUCAGGUAAUCCAGUCCAGAGACUUUCUUUCUAUUUUGCUAAAGCUUUAAAAGAAAGGAUUGAUCGAUCAACUGGAAGAUACACAUGUACGGAUGAAGAUCGCCACCCCAAGUAUAUAAAAAUUAUGUCAUUAGGUACCAACUCUGCAUUCUUGACCUGCCACCAACUAAUCCCCUUCAAUCAAGUGAUGCAAUUUGCAGGAGUUCAAACAAUUGUUGAAAAUGUCCGAAGCGCAAAAAAGAUCCAUUUGAUUGAUUUUAAUAUCAGAAGUGGAAUUCAGUGGACAGUCUUGAUACAAGCACUUACAGAAAAAGGUGACAGUCCAAUUGAGCUUCUUAAGAUAACUGCAGUUGGAAGCACAGAAAAAGAGAACAUAGAAUUCACAGGCAACACAUUACACAGUUUCGCCAAGUCCUUAGGUCUGGCAUUUUCAUUUGAUAUAGUUUUUGUCUCGGACAUGAAAGAUUUCAAGAAAGAGUCGGUCAAUAUUAAAACAGAUGAGACUGUAGUUGUUUAUUGUAACUCUAUACUAAGGACUAUGCUACCGAGACCAGAUUGUUUGGAUAAUUUGAUGAAAGUAGUCAGAAGUAUUAGACCAACAGUUAUUGUUGUUGGCGAAGUCGAAGCAAACCAUAAUUCCCCAUCAUUUCUAAACCGCUUUAUUGAGACACUUUUCUUUUACGGUGCAUUUUUUGAUUGCUUUGAGGACUGCAUGGAUCGAGGCAGUCCAUGUCGAACAACGAUUGAAGGGGUGUAUUUUGGUGAAGGUAUUCGGAACAUUGUGGCGGCUGAAGGUGAGGACAGGUUCACCAGGAAUGUGAAGCUUGAAGUAUGGAGAGCAUUCUUUGCAAGGUUUGGUAUGGUGGAAGAAGAGCUAAGUGAGUCAGCUUGGUAUCAAGCUCAUCUAAUUCUCAAGCAAUUUGCCCAAGGCAGUUCUUGUGAUCUUCACAAGGAUGGGAAAGGCCUCAUUAUUGGGUGGAAAGGAACACCAAUUCAUUCCCUAUCCAUUUGGAAGUUCUUGUAAGAAAACAACUUUCCUUGAGUAAACAAAUAGGAUGCUUACUUUCUCAGUUCAUUUGUACACCACCAACGGACCAUAAGGCAUCUCCAAGCUACCUAAAUCUAGAUUUUUGACCUUAAACUCAUAUUUCUGGGAUAGAGGUGCUCGUAGUACCUGCUGUUCACCCUUCCUCCUUUUUUUGGGAGCACCUUGUGAACAAAGAGUGGGCAGAAGAAACGGAGGUCCUCAUUUAGAGUUGCAUACUUUAAGCAGUGCAGGAGACUGGGGAAUGGGUUGGUUAAUUACUACUUCUAUCCCUUUAGAUCGAGGAUGUUAACCACAGAAUUACAAUAGACACCUGGAUUAGGCCUGAAAAAAGCAAGAGAAAAAUUUGAAGUCCUAUGGUGUCAAAAGGUAUAACCUCAUCACAAGUGUCAUGCUUCUGGUUUAUCCUUUUACCGAAAAAAUUCCCCUAGUGAAUUGAUUUUAAUGAAUUUCUUACUGAACGGGAUAUAAACUUUGGGAAGAUUUCAGUCAAUUUACUAGACUGGAGGUGGGAAAUGGAGAAAAAAUAGAUUCUGGACAGAUUUGUGGGUUGGUGAUGAAUGUCUAAAAUAUAAGCUUCCUACUCUAACUGCCCAACUAAAAAGGUUGGUAGUAUUGCUGAAUUUCAUUCUAAAUCUGGUUGGCAGCUAAGGUUCCGGAGGAAUUUGAAUGAUUGGGAGAAGAAGAAUUUUGGCAGUUUCUUCAACAAUUGGGAUCAGUUUAUAUUGAUCAGAGUGGACAUCCUGAUAUGGCUGUUAAGUAAAGACGAGAAAUUUUUCAAGUUAAGAAUUGCUAUAGUAUGUUGAUAAAGCAGCCAGGUCAGAGGGAUAAUUCUUGGCCUUGGAGGAUGAUAUGGAAGACAAAAGCUCCUAUUAAAGUAGCAUGUUUUGGAUGGUUUGCAACAUAGGGGCAUGCUUAACUCAAAAUAACUUGCAGAAGAGAGGUUUUGACCUAUGUAGUAGAUGCUACCUGUGUCAAGAAGAUCAGGAAGCAGUUGAUCACCUUUUUAUUUUAUUAUUUUGAUGGGUACAUAAUAUAUUGUAUAAAAUAUUUGCACUAAGCCAGUGCAACAGGCGUAAUUACAAGUUGUUCAAAUCAGCAGCAUUGAGCACCUUUUUCUCCACUGCAGAUUUUCUAGAGAAUGUUGGGAGUUAUUCCUAAACCUUCGUGGUAUUACAUGGCUGAUGUCUCAGAAUGUGAAAGGUUAACUGGAAGGAUGGCAGUGGCAGGUGAUACCAAAAGAGAUAAAGCAGAGAACUAUUCCAUUGAGCAUCUUAUGGACAAUAUGGCUGGAGCUGAACAAGGCUUGCUUUGAACGACAGAGAACUCACAUUUUCUAGAAUUAAGAACAGAGGUUUACAAAAUUUGUACUUUUGGUGUAAAAGUAGCUUAGUGGAUAGUUUGAACCAGUAUAUGGAUUUCUUCGUUUUGCUAGGAAGAAGAGUGUAGUAGGCUGCUUUUUGUUCUAUGUUUUUUUUUUCUUUUCUUGUACCAUCUUGGUAUCAUUUAAUAAAAUCUUUACCUCAUCAAAUAAACAAAAGGUAACCCUGA